AUGAGCAUGCAUGAAAGGAAGAUGGAGAAGAUGGAGAGGGAUAGUAGGAUGGGCAUGAGUAGUGGAAGCGUGAAUGGGAGUUGGGCAGGUAAAUUUGAUUUGGUUACCAAGACAAUUCAUUAUUUUGAAGAUCAGGAGGCAAAAAGUAGGAAACAGAGCGUAGCUACGACGACUAAAUUGGGCAAUGAAGUAAUGAAUACCACAAGCCGCAAAAUUUCUCAUACCCCAACCUAUAACUCAGUCAACUACAGCAAAUCUGCCUGUAACCCUCACAAUGCGACCAGCUACAAUCCCUCGACUCACAAAUCUUCCAACGCGACAACUUACGAAAGUAUAAAUGAGAAAGAGACUUCCCUCUCAUCUAAAUCUACUACUUGCGAGAAUCCAGAUGUCAUCUCACCGGUUCCAAGGACUCCAAGCCCAAAUAAUGCUUACUCGAAUUUUCCAAAUCAUGGGGUAGGGGGGAGGGGUGAUACAAUCCCGCCACAAACUUCAGCAGGGAUUUGGGGAACCUUUAAAACACAUCUAAAUCCACUUUCUUUAGUUUCUUCAUUUCUUCAUGGCAAGAAAGCAAAUAAUCAGGAUUCACAUACUCGUUAUCAUCCACAUUCCAAAUCAAACUUAGCCGUCCAUCAAAUCGCAAAUCUAGACCCAACCAUCGGAAAUCAAAAUUCAACACAUACAACCCAAAUAUGGGCUGCUGGUGCUCUACAAGACACGAAUGAUGUACAUAAAGGAUCAAAUGCAGGGCUACUGGUUACUGGAGACUCGACCAAAUCCACGUGUGAUUAUGCAGAGGAAAAGUAUGAUCAAGAUGACCUUCUCGCGAAUCCUAAACAGGGAACUAGAGCUUAUAGGGAGAGAGAAGACGAGAGAUGGUUUCCGAGAGGCAAGAGAGAAAGAAUGUAA